AUGUUGGGUCCUCAGGAAGAUAAACUAUGUGGAAUGGUCUCAGCACUGGUGACCUUGUCCCUCGUCUGCUUUGUACAAAGCACUUCCACCGGAAACACGGGAAUAUCUGUGGCCAAGACAACUGUAGAUAAACUGCUGAAAGGGUACGACAUCCGUCUGCGGCCAGAUUUUGGAGGUCCUCCUGUCGUUGUGGGAAUGAGCAUCAAUAUCGCCAGCAUUGACUCCAUCUCGGAGGUCAACAUGGACUACACCAUCACAAUGUAUUUCCAGCAGAGCUGGAGGGACAAGCGUUUGGCCUACUCCGAGAUGCCUCUGAACCUGACGCUGGACAACCGCGUGGCCGACCAGCUCUGGCUCCCCGACACUUAUUUCCUCAACGACAAGAAGUCCUUCCUCCACGGCGUGACGGUGAAGAACCGCAUGAUCCGGCUUCACCCCGACGGCACCGUUCUCUACGGACUAAGAAUAACUACUACAGCGGCCUGCAUGAUGGACCUAAGGAGGUAUCCCCUUGAUGAACAGAACUGCACUCUGGAAAUUGAGAGUUAUGGAUACACCACAGACGACAUCGUGUUCUUCUGGCAGGGCGAGGACAAGGCUGUAACAGGAGUGGACAAACUCGAACUCCCACAGUUCUCCAUAGUGGAGCUGCGCCUGGUCUCCAGGGAAGUGAGGUUUACCACAGGGUCUUAUCCCAGGUUGUCACUGAGUUUCCGGAUCAAGAGGAACAUCGGCUACUUCAUCCUGCAGACGUACAUGCCCUCCAUACUGAUCACCAUUCUCUCCUGGGUCUCCUUUUGGAUCAAUUACGAUGCUUCUGCCGCCAGAGUAGCCCUGGGUGUCACCACGGUGCUCACCAUGACAACCAUCAACACUCACUUGCGGGAGACUCUCCCAAAGAUUCCCUAUGUGAAAGCCAUUGACGUCUACCUCAUGGGCUGUUUUGUGUUCGUGUUCUUGGCCCUGCUCGAAUAUGCCUUUGUAAACUACGUGUUUUUUGGACGUGGCCCGCAACAGCAGAAGAAAAUCAACGAGAGACUGAACAAAGCCAACAACGAACGCCCGCGUUACGAGGAGAAACGACUGAGGGAACAGGACUCCAUUUCAGCGCCGUUUCAAACCAACACCCUCAGGUCAUAUACACAACGAAGAAAUCUGUAUCUCGAGGAACAAAGAAAACUCGGGGUGGACGCUUACGGGAACAUCCUUCUGACGACUUUGGAGAUGAACAACGAGGUAAUGCCGUCCGACGUGGGUAGCAGCGUCAGCGACUCCCGGAAUUCAGUCAUGUCUUUCGACAGCUCCGGGGUGCAGUUCCGGAAGCCCAUGGCGUCCCGGGACGGUUUCGGCCACCACUCGCUGGACCGCAGCGCCAUGCGCAGCCGGGCCAACUGCCGCCUGCGCAGGCGGUCGUCCAAGCUGAAGCUGAAAAUUCCCAACCUGACUGACGUCAGCACCAUUGACAAAUGGUCCCGGGUCAUUUUUCCCAUCACCUUUGGAUUCUUCAACCUCAUCUACUGGUUGUACUAUGUGAAUUGA